GAAUUAGGACUAAUAUGAACAUUUAUUGGGGAAUUGGAAUUAAUUUAACAAUACAGAUAGGAUAUAUAACAAAAAGGUAAAUUUAACUUACAAUUUUCUCAAGUUUCUUAAGUAACUCUUAUUGUCCUUACACUAAAAUAGCAAAUAUUCUCUAAUAAUCCUGGGCGUACAAAUUAGCAAAUUGAUAAGAAUCCUUAACAAAUAAAUGAAUCACAAAAUAAAUAAAAACGUAUUCUGUUAGCUAUGACACUCAUCCAUCAAUUUCUUUCUCCUGACAAUACCUGAAAGUGAGACAGUUGCUAUCAUGACAUUAUACGAUGCCGGCUGCACAAAAUUCGAAUUUAAAAAAAAUUGAUUGAACUUAUAUUAUGUUUGGGUGAUUGUUGAAUAACUGCCAAUAUUCGCUGUCCGGUUUUUCCCCGCUGUGGAUACCUGCAUGGGGGUUUUGUGACUUUGUGAGGCCUCUUACAAUAACGUUAAGAUAUAGUAAUCACGGUCACCAGCCAGCAUUUUUUUUUUUUUCAUGUCGUAAACGGCGCGCCAUACUUAGCAUGCUCAUUUUGAUGAGAGAAUAGCAGGUUCUUCUCAAUUCUCACCAACAACACUGCCCUCUCCUUUUUAAAUUUCGCCCUAAUUAGUUGAACCGCUGUUUAUUCAUCUAAUCGUCAGCUGUGAACAGGAUCCGGGAUCCCGUACGACACCCGUCACUGAGUUGCCAUCCACUUCGCUUAAAAAAUCGUCCUAGAAGAAAAUCAAGAAGAAAACGUACAUAACAAAGAAGAAUUUCAAUACGGAACAGAAAAGGAGGUGCGAAAGAUGUGAAACUGAAAUACCCGAUUUGGGGGAAACGUGUAGGCUAUAGACUAGAAUCAGACAAGAGACGAUACGGUGAGAGAACAUUAAAUCGCAUUAAAUCGUGAAGGCCGACACCCAGUGGCGUUUUCCCUCCCCAGGGCCCAGAGUAAUAACCUGUAACGGAUCACAACAUGACUAAUAAGAUCCCCAGCUUCUCCACUGGGAAGAGGGCUUGUGUGCUUGUGAGUGCAAUAUGAAACUUCUCUAUAUUUUUCAAAAUGUCCUAAUGGGAAAUUGGGAAUAGCCUGUGGGAAUAACUAAAUUUUAUUAUGCUUUCAUUGGAAUCGUGAAAAAAUGCGCAAAUAUAAAGGCUACGUGGUUUUUCUAAUUACAAUUCUUGUCAUUUAUUUCUCGGCUGACAUUGUGUUUUUGUCUCCAGAUCUGUGAAUAUUUCCAAACUUGUUUUUUUUAAAUUAAAUAGUGCGAAGAUGCCUACCGUGAAAAGUGUAAAAUCUCUCUUUCAACUGUGCGUAGCAUUUAUUGUCUCUAUUAUCGAAGAUAGUGAUUUUCCAGUUAAACCAUCGACGAAUAAUGAAGUGCCAAUGGAGCUAGAAGAAGUUGUCAAUCCAUUUCAUCAGCUGCCCAUAAGCGUCUUAGAACAAAUAAUCGUCAACGUCAAUUUCGCGUACCAUACCUAUGGCAAGCCCACAAACACAUUUUUUCUUGAAUAUCUGAUAAGCCCACAACUCAGAUUCUUCAGAUUUCAUUAUUACACCGAAGAAUACUUGACAGUUUUCCCCCAGUUCGGAAAAUUGCUUUCUUUGAACUUGCGAUACACAAAAGCAGGGGACAAUUGUUUACAUCUAAUAGGAAAUUAUUGUAAAAAUUUAAGGUACGUGAAAUCUAAAUCUGUUUAAAAUAUUGUUCAUUUUGUAAAUGCCUUUUUUAAUGGUUUCAUGAAUAGAAUGUUGGAUAUUCACCACUGCCAUCAGCGAAUCACAGACAUUGGAGUUCGAUCGCUAUGUUUCAAUUACGACGAUCUAGAGAAACCUUCUGGUUUAUGUAAGACCCUCCAGUAUUUGCUGAUGUACUGCACUAGUGUUACAAAACAAGGAGCUCAAUUGGCCAUAAAUAAUCUAACAAAGUUAAAAAGCCUUCAUCAUGAAAGUACCUUCGAAGUCUUGGUAGAGUUCAUUCAGAAGCGGUUGGAUCAAAAUUUGUCGGAAAUUCCGAAUAUGUUUUCCUUGGUGAAUCUUAGAAUAGGUUACGUCACUCCAUACAGAAAAGGUAGUCUGGGACAAGUGGUGCAGCUCAUUUCGUCAUCACUUACUUCUGUUAUCAUUAUUGCCAUGAAGGAAUUAACUGACACUGAUCUUUUAAGUUUGACGUCAUUAAAAAACCUCAGACAAUUUCAUUUAAAUUGUCCCAAAGAGCUUAAAGAAUAUAAAGGAUUUGAAAUCACGUUUAAAGGUAGUGUGGUUCCCUUAUUGAAAAAUACUGGAAAUUUAUUGGAGGUUCUUGACAUUUGUUUCUUUCCUGUCGUCGAUAUUUGGACUGUUUUCAAAUUUUGUCCUAAUUUAAACUCUUUAUUUUUCAAAACUCAUUGCGAAAGCGUUACGGUCUUACCUGAAGACGAAAUAACACUUUACCGCAACGAAAAGGAGCGGUUUAUUUUGAAGAAUCUUGAGACGCUAUAUUGUGGUUACAACAUUUCGUCGGAAAUCCUUCAGUUUCUUUUGUCCUUUCCUACACUAACAGAUGUUACGGUUACUUACUGUAACGCUCUCACUGACGAAUUUUUACAGAACGCCGUAAUAAGCUGUUUCAAAUUUAAUAACGUAAGAAGGUUCCAUUUUACUUUUUGCUAUUACAUCACAAAACGAGGUAUAGAUACCCUAAUGGCGAAUAGCAAGUUUGUCGAAGAAAUCGAUAUUCAAUUCUGUAAGAAUUUGACGCACGGAAAUGUUUACGAGUGGCACUUGCAAGCUAAAAAAGCAAAUUUGAAAUUAAACAUACAUUACAAAAAUUCUGAUGUUGAAAUGUGCUAUCGUACCAACUAG